AUGGAAAAGAAAAGGAGCGAGUCAUUUAAAGAGUAUGCUGUGAGAUGGAGAAACUUGGCGGCCCAAAUUACUCUUGAGCCCACUAACAAGGAGUUGAUGAAGUCGUUUGUAAAGACCCUUCCAUCUGAGUUCCGUAACCGAAUGGCCAGUACGUAUGUCGAGAGCUUCAAUCAGCUUAUUCUUGUAGGAGAACAUAUCGAGAUGGGGAUAAGGAUGCACAAGAUCCAAAAUCUCUUAGACACAAAGGCCUUCUCAUUUCAAACUGCUCGGCCAAACGUCCAGAAGAAUCCGCUACCAGAGCAUGAGGGUACAGUUAAUACUAUCCUAGAACCUGAAGUUAGACGGAUCAAGAACUUGAAGGUGCAUGUGGCAGAUGCCUACAAUGGACUGGUGAGAGCUGGAUAUUAUCCAGAUCAAGAAGAUGUUCCCCUAUCACUGAUGAAAGAAAGAGUUGCCAGAAUUGUGGAUGAUGGCAUCAUUGUAUAUGCUGACCAUAACUACAUAGUUUCCACUAUUUCUCAUAUCAUUAUCGAUUGGGAGGAAGAGCAGGCUGUUCUCGAUGAUGGUAAAAGAGGAGAAGAUCCAUCACUCACGGAUAUGCCCCCACUUGAAGAUGCAUCAGAUGAGGAAAUUGUGAUUGAGAUGCCUCAGCCGUAUGAGUAUGUCAAUAAUAAAGCGGUGCAUUGGUCUUAUGACCUAGAUGUUGACCUCGUUACAAGGUCUGGUCGAACUUAUGCUCAAAAUAAUGCUCAACUUGCAAAGCCCGUCACUAACGAAGAGGCUAAGAAAUUUCUAACUGUGAUUAAAGCAAGUGAGUAUAAUAUCGUCGAUCAGUUACGAAAGAUGCCUGCUCAGAUCUCUUUGCUCAAGCUCUUCCAAACCUCCUCUGUGCAUCAAAAGUCGUUGAUGAAGGUGCUAAGUGAAAUUUGUGUACCCGAAACAGUUGAGGCAGAUAAGCUGGAGAAUUUUAUGAGAUCGGUCAUUCUCAAGGACAUGAUUGCUUUUUCUGAUGAGGAAUUCCCUCUUGAGGGCAGGGGGCAUAAUAAAGCACUCUACAUAUCUGUCAAGCACAAGGUUUCUCAUGUGUCUCGAGUGCUCAUUGAUAAUGGGUUUGCCCUAAACAUAUGUCCACUGGCCACUCUUCACCGCCUCAAGGUAGACUCGUCCAAGAUACAUGCUGCAAAGACUUCUGUGAGAGCUUUUGAUGGAACGAAAAAGGAGGUGAUCGGGGAAAUCCAUCUUGACGUGCAAAUAGGGCCGGUCGUCUUCAACAUUCCUUUCCAAGUGCUGGAUAUCCCUACCGCGUUCAAUUUUCUGCUAGGUCGUCCCUGGAUACAUACUGCUGGUGCAGUCUUUUCAAGUCUACAUCAAACUAUAAAAUUUAUGAUCGAAAGAAAGCUGGUCACUGUGUAUGGUGAAGAAGACCACUAG